AUGGCAUCCGCAAAACUAGCUACCCUCGUUAUCCGGACACUAGCAAAACCUAUAAGCAACCAAAUUAAGACGCAGGUCAAGCAGUCACAGACUCGUAGGCAUGAGACGUUUCGCGACAUCUGUGUUGGGCUCGCGCAGCGCAUGCAUCGCGCGGAAAUACAACUCCGCAUGCGCCUCCUGGGCGAGUCGCCGAAGCAUGUGCGACCCUUGUCUGAGACUCGGGCCAUAGAGAACGGCGCAAACGCACUGGCGGAAGGCUUCCUGUUCAGCGUAGCUGCUGCACUUAUCAUAACAGAAACAUGGCGGUCAUCGCGAAGUAAUACUAAACGACGAGAAGAUGUGGACGAUCGAAUAGGGGAGCUGCAAGAACAGGUACAAGGGCUCUCACAAAGUGUAGACAUGUUAACGCGAGAUUUGAAUGAGAAGUGGGAAGAGGAGAAGGCUAAAAAUGACGAGCUAACUCGUAUAUUGGAGCGCGUGGUUGAGAUUGGCCUGAGAGGGGGCUGGGCAGAGUUCGAAGGCACACCGUUGACCCUUCCCCGCAUCCAACUAAACCCCCCAUCCCGUCGCGAGCAACCUUCCAGUCCGCUUCCAGCUACUUCAAACGCUCAGUCUUCAUCAUCAGACCAAUCUACCCGAACCAACAUAGAGAAAUAGAAUCCUUUGAACUGCGAGAAGCAGAUUCUGGGUAUAUGCGUCUAAUAUACUACUGAUUAAUUCAAAAUAGAAC